AUGUCACUGGCCCAAAGCACGAGUCAAUUACAGCAAGAGGCUCAAAGAUCUCAACAGGAAUCUCAUAGAUUUCAACAAGAGACUCGUGCUAGCAUUAGGAAUUUGGAAGCACAAAUGUCCCAAUUGGCAAGUUCCAUGAGCAACCUGAAAAAUAGCAAUAGAGGGAAAUUACCAUAUCAAGUAAUUCCUAAUCCCAAGGAGAAUGCCUGUGCAAUGCAAUUACGGAGUGGCAAGGAGGUACAGUUUCCUAGGCGUGCCCACGCCAGAGAAGAAGAAGUGCGCAGGAAGGUGGAAGAGGAAGAAGAGAAACAAUCCUCUGAAAUCUCAAAGAAAGUUGACAUUCCUCCUCCUUUUCCUAGCAGGUUUACAAAAGCUAAAAAGGAAGAAUCUGAGAAAAAGAUUUUGGACACCUUCAGGAAAGUGGAGAUCAAUAUUCCUCUGCUGGAUGCUAUUAGGCAAUUGUCUAAAUAUGCUAAAUUUUUGAAGGGCUUAUGCACUAAUCGCAAUAAGUUGAGUCUGGAUGACAAGGUGAAGGUGGGGGAGAAUAUCUCAGCGAUGUUUCAAAGGAAGUUGCCCCAGAAAUGCAAAGAUCCAGGACCCCUCAAAGAAACUAGGAUAAUCAUUCAACUAGCAGAUAGGUCUAAUGUCUACCCUGAGGGUCUAGUUGAAAAUGUUCUAGUAAAGGUCAAUGAAUUCAUUUUUCCUGUGGAUUUUUACAUUGUUGAUAUGAAUGAUGAAUACUCUACUAAUUCAGCAGUGAUUCUUUUGGGUAGACCCUUCAUAAGUACAACAAGGACUAAAAUAGAUGUACAUGAAGGAACUUUAUCUGUGGAAUUUGAUGGAGAGAAUGUCACUUUCAAUAUUUUUGAUGCAAUGAAACAUCCUGUGGAUACUGAGUCUGUAAAUUUUGUUAGCAUGACUAACACCAUUCUGCAAGAGAAUUUUGAACAGAAUUUCAUGGGGGACAAGUUGGACUUUGUCUUACAACAAGGCAAGACCAAUUUGGAAGUGGACGACAUAGAGGAGGAGGAAGUCAAAGAAGCUAUCAUGUCCUUACAUUCACUACAUCCGCUUCCAGGCAGGUUUGAAAAUUCUUUUCUACCAUUACCCACUUCUAAUGAAAGAAUUCUACCUUCUGUUGAACAGGCACCUAAUGUGGAAUUAAAGGAAUUGCCCGAGCGUUUGAAAUAUGUUUACUUGGGAGAUAACAAGACUUUGCCUGUAAUCAUUGCCAAUGAUUUAACUGCGUUGCAAGAAGAGAGGCUCUUACGGGUCUUACGGGAAUUUAAACCAGCAAUUGGAUGGACGUUAGCAGACAUCAAAGGCAUCAAUCCAUCCAUUUGCAUGCAUCACAUCCUUUUGGAGUCGGACGCAAAACCCGUGAGAGAGCAUCAACGCAAGCUCAAUCCCGCAAUGAAGGAGGUGGUGAUGAAAGAGAUUCUCAAACUCUUAGAAUUAGAAAUUAUUUUUCCUAUCUCUGACAGCCAGUGGGUAAGUUCAGUCCAUGUUGUUCCCAAGAAGACUGGAAUCACAUUGGUGAAAAAUGAAAAGAAUGAGUUAGUGCCAAUGAGAUUGCAAAAUGGGUGGAGAAUGUGCAUUGACUUUAGGAAGUUAAAUGCCGCAACUAGGAAAGAUCACUUUUCACUCCCAUUUAUUGAUGAAAUGCUUGAGAGGUUGGCAGUAUAUGGUGAUUCUUUUGAUCAGUGCCUAGACCAUUUAACAAAAGUUUUGAAAAGAUGCAUUGAAACAAACUUGGUUCUUAAUUAUGAAAAAUGUCAUUUCAUGGUUAAGGAAGGCAUAGUUUUGGGCCAUGUUGUUUCAUCAAGGGGUAUUGAGGUAGAUAAGGCUAAAAUUGAUUUGAUCACUAGUCUACCUUGCCCUACUAAUGUCAAGGAUAUUCGUAGUUUUCUAGACCAUGCAGGUUUUUACAGCUUUGAAAUAUAUCCUGUCCAAAAGGAGUCCAAGCCAAGACUCAUUCUUUGGGUGCUCUUACUGCAAGAAUUUGACUGGGAGAUCAAGGAUCGGAGAGGGGUGGAUAAUUCAGUAGCUGACCAUUUGAGUAGAUUGAUAAGGGAAGAGGAAGCAGUUCUCAUAUCUGAGAAAAUAGGCUCUGAUCAAAUUAUUUGUAGAUGUGUACCUGAAAGUGAAAUUCCUUCUAUCCUUGCUCAUUGUCAUAAUUUUGCAUAUGGUGGCCAUUUUGGACCUAAGAGAACUGCUAGAAAAAUCCUUGAUUGUGGCUUUUAUUGGGAAACAUUAUUUCGUGAUGCUUAUGCAUUUUGUAAAAACUGUGAAAAAUGUCAAAAAUUUGGAAGUUUGUCUCAUAGGGAUGAAAUGCCUCAAGUGCCUAUGUUAUUUUGUGAAGUAUUUGAUGUUUGGGGUAUGGACUUUAUGGGACCUUUUCCUAGCUCUUUUGAAUUUUUGUAUAUUCUGUUAGCAGUUGACUAUGUAUCGAAAUGGGUAGAAGUAAAGGCUACCCAGACUAAUGAUUCUCAAGUUGUUGUAGGAUUUCUCAAAUCCGACAUUUUUAGUAGGUUCGGGGUGCCGAGAGCCAUCAUCAGUGAUCAAGGUACCCAUUUCUGCAAUCGCACCAUUGCAACUCUCAUGAAAAAAUAUGGAGUGCACCAUCGUGUGAGUACAACAUAUCAUCCUCAGACUAAUGGGCAAGUUGAAGUCUCCAAUCGAGAGAUCAAGAGCAUAUUGGAGAAAACGGUUAACCCCAACCGUAAGGAUUGGAGCUUGCGAUUGGAUGAUGCUUUGUGGGCAUAUCGAACGGCGUAUAAAACGCCCAUUGGAAUGUCCCCAUAUAAGUUGGUGUUUGGUAAGAUGUGUCCUGUGACUAUUGAGCAUCGUGCAUUCUGGGCAGUCAAGCAAUGCAAUUUGCAUGCGGAUAGAGAUGGCAAAGAGAGAAAGCUCUAA